AUGUCCAUGCAAAUCGCCCAUUCUCAAUUAGAGACAUUCACCCUGCAGCACUCCUCUCCUCCUCAACCCUCAUUCCACCAGACAUUCACCCUGCAGCACUCCUCUCCUCCUCAACCCUCAUUCCACCAGACAUUCACCCUGCAGCACUCCUCUCCUCCUCAACCCUCAUUCCACCAGACAUUCACCCUGCAGCACUCCUCUCCUCCUCAACCCUCAUUCCACCAGACAUUCACCCUGCAGCACUCCUCUCCUCCUCAACCCUCAUUCCACCAGACAUUCACCCUGCAGCACUCCUCUCCUCCUCAACCCUCAUUCCACCAGACAUUCACCCUGCAGCGCUCCUCUCCUCCUCAACCCUCAUUCCACCAGACAUUCACCCUGCAGCGCUCCUCUUCUCCUCAACCCUCAUUCCACCAGACAUUCACCCUGCAGCACUCCUCUCCUCCUCAACCCUCAUUCCACCAGACAUUCACCCUGCAGCACUCCUCUACUCCUCAACCCUCAUUCCACCAGACAUUCACCCUGCAGCGCUCCUCUGCUCCUCAACCCUCAUUCCACCAGACAUUCACCCUGCAGCACUCCUCUCCUCCUCAACCCUCAUUCCACCAGACAUUCAACCUGCAGCACUCCUCUCCUCCUCAACCCUCAUUCCACCAGACAUUCACCCUGCAGCACUCCUCUGCUCCUCAACCCUCAUUCCACCAGACAUUCACCCUGCAGCACUCCUCUGCUCCUCAACCCUCAUUCCACCAGACAUUCACCCUGCAGCACUCCUCUCCUCCUCAACCCUCAUUCCACCAGACAUUCACCCUGAAGCACUCCUCUCCUCCUCAACCCUCAUUCCACCAGACAUUCACCCUGCAGCACUCCUCUCCUCCUCAACCCUCAUUCCACCAGACAUUCACCCUGCAGCACUCCUCUUCUCCUCAACCCUCAUUCCACCAGACAUUCACAAUGCAGCACUCCUCUCCUCCUCAACCCUCAUUCCACCAGACAUUCACCCUGCAGCACUCCUCUACUCCUCAACCCUCAUUCCACCAGACAUUCACCCUGCAGCAGUCCUCUGGUCCUCAACCCUCAUUCCACCAGACAUUCACCCUGCAGCACUCCUCUCCUCCUCAACCCUCAUUCCACCAGACAUUCACCCUGCAACACUCCUCUCCUCCUCAACCCUCAUUCCACCAGACAUUCACCCUGCAGCACUCCUCUGCUCCUCAACCCUCAUUCCACCAGACAUUCACCCUGCAGCACUCCUCUCCUCCUCAACCCUCAUUCCACCAGACAUUCACCCUGCAGCCCUCCUCUCCUCCUCAACCCUCAUUCCACCAGACAUUCACCCUGCAGCACUCCUCUCCUCCUCAACCCUCAUUCCACCAGACUAGCUAA